UGAAAUCGAUACGACUGGUAAUAGCUUUGCUGCUGCUUUUUUGUCGUGAUUACCCUCUAAAUUUACUGUAGAACGGCAAGUUCGUUUCAGUAUAAAUACAUACAUUCUUCAUCUUGGUCUUCAUCUUCUCGUUGAAACAGAGAUCAGACCAUGGAAACCAAAAACCUUGCUCGCUAUCUCUCUAUCUCUUUUCUCGUCUUGUUUCUUGUGAGCUUUCUUGAUUCCGUACAGGGUCGUCCUAUAUCGAUGCUGAGCGGUCCUGACCCCAAAGAUGCCGCUUAUACUGCUCGUUGGUUGGUCGCCCAGAAUUCUUGGGGGGUCUUAAAUACCAUAUCAAGUGAGUUGGGAGGAGCUCCUUUUGGGAAUGUUGUUUCAUUUAGUGAUGGACCACCUAAUGAAGGUAGUGGCAUCCCAUACUUCUAUUUGACAGCUCUUGAUCCAACUGCAAGAAAUGCACUAGUAGACAAGAGGUCUUCUCUCACGAUUAGCGAGUAUCCUCUUGGAACUUGUGGCAAAAUUGAUCCUGAGAACCCCACCUGUGCAAAAAUUACCCUCACAGGAAAGUUGUUGGUAGUCGAUGGAAAGUCAGAGGAAGCAGAAGUUGCUAGACAUGCCUUGUUCUCAAAGCAUCCAGAGAUGGAGGGCUGGCCUAAAGGUCACAAUUUUCAGAUUUUCAAGUUAGAGAUUGAAAAUAUAUUUUUGAUUGAUUGGUUUGGUGGGGCUAAACCUCUGACUGUGUAUGACUAUCUGCAUAAAAAAAUGAAGGGGCAUGAUUUCAUCAUGUGAAAAUUCAUGUGGUUUCUAUACAACUUAUGUGGAGUUGGAUGUGAAGGUCAAGUGUCUUAAAGACUUGGAACAAGCUUGAAGAAAUUAACCAUAUUCUGUUGGUGCAGGCACACUAAUAGUGUGAAUGUGUUUGUAAAGUGUUGAAGUCGCUAAAAGAAUUAUCCUAGGGAAAUAAGUUGAUGGCACAAGUUGUAAAUUUUUAAUUUUACUUUCCCCUUCAGUUCAUGCUCAAAAGUUGUACAGUAAUUAGUUAAAUCUAUGAAGUUGAGUUGUGCAAUAAGCCACUCUGAAAGAAUUUGUGUGAACUUUGUAUUUCAUUUCUUCAAAACAUGGUCAACCUCUUUCUCUAA